AUGGGCUCGGCGAUGAAGAGUGUUGGCGAGGUGAUGGCUAUCGGCCGCACCUUCGAGGAGUCUCUGCAAAAGGCUCUCAGGAUGGUGAAGGGCGAGGCCAAUGGCUUCGAUGAGAGGAUUUACCCUCACCUGGCUCAGAGGCAGCAUCAGCAGCAGCAUCAGCAGCAGCAACAGCAACAGCAGCAACAGCAGCAGCAACAGCAGCAGCAACAGCAACAGCAGCAGCAGCAGCAGCAGUCGGCGUGUGUAUGA